CUUGCAAGUAGUAAAUGUGGCCAGUAUGUUGACAUUGGAAUUCUAGCAUCUGAUUUGCAGAAAACAUACAGUGCAGAAUAUGGACGAAGAAAAAGAAAUGCUUUUAGAAUACAAGUUGAGAAAGUGUUUGGAAUAAUCAGUAAUGAAAAAGAACGUGAAGAUUUAGCAGUUUUAGAAGCUGAACAUGUGGCAAAAAGAGCAAGACAACAAGACAAAAAUGAGACUGCAGGAAGUGCCACAGAUGACUCUGAUUACGAUGAUUAUCCAGAAGAUCUAUCUACAAAUCACAUGAACAGUUCCCUGCUCAGCUUAUACAAGAAAGGAAAUCCCAAUUCUGUUCCAACCACUCCAAAAAAUGAACGAAUGGAAACCCCCCCUCCUGUGCAAACAGCACCUCAAACAAGCACCCUCUCACCAGGAGUAAGAGUUGAAACACGCACCUCUGAAGGGGGCUGGUUCAUUGAUAAAACUCCGUGUGGAAAAGACUUUUUCACUGACCUUUCUGAGGAUGGAGAAGGAGAUGGAAAGAAACUGAUUUUUGAGAAAUCAGCAGAGUGCUCUGUCUUGGAGAGUGAAAGAAAGAAAACAAAGGGUAAGAGAGCAAAAAGAAAAAAAGAAGAAUUUCCAGAUGUAGAUGGAGAAAUUGAUGCUAUCUUACUUAAAGAGAAAGUUAGAAGUAAGGGACCAGAGCUUUACCACCCUUCAGUGAAGUUUGAAGAUGUAGGAGGCAAUGAUGAAACUUUAAAGGAAAUAUGCAAGAUGCUCAUUCAUGUCCGUCAUCCCGAAGUCUAUAACCACUUAGGUGUGGUUCCACCUCGUGGUUUUCUUUUACAUGGACCACCAGGAUGUGGAAAGACAUUACUUGCACAGGCAAUUGCUGGGGAGCUUGAGCUCCCUAUGCUGAAAGUGGCAGCAACGGAGAUGGUGUCUGGAGUGUCAGGGGAAUCUGAGCAGAAACUGAGAGAAUUGUUUGAACAGGCUGUGUCCAGUGCACCAUGUGUCCUUUUCAUUGACGAGAUUGAUGCAAUCACUCCAAAAAGAGAAGUUGCGUCAAAGGACAUGGAGCGGAGAAUUGUUGCUCAGUUCCUAACUUGUAUGGAUGACUUGAAUAAUGUGGCUGCCACUACCCAGAUCCUUGUUAUCGGAGCAACUAACAGACCUGACUCACUGGACCCCGCACUGAGGCGAGCUGGUAGAUUUGAUCGAGAAAUUUGUUUAGGGAUCCCAGAUGAAGCGGCAAGAGAAAAAAUUCUUCGGACUUUGUGUCGAAAACUUAAGCUCCCACAGUCCUUUGAAUUUCAUCAUUUAGCACGGCUGACUCCAGGUUAUGUAGGUGCUGAUUUGAUGGCACUUUGUCGUGAGGCAGCUAUGUGCACAGUGAACAGGGUCCUGUUAAAGCCUGAGAAGCAGAAACGGAAACGCAUAAACGCUGGAGGAAAUGCAGCUGAAGAAAGCAUGGAAAUAGGAACAGACAUCCUGGAAGAAUUGCAGAGACUUUUGGAUUUAUUGAAGAAGCAAGACCCCUUGCCUGAGGAGCAGCUGCAGAAGCUGUGCAUUGAGAUGAAUGAUUUUAUUGUUGCGCUGUCAUCAGUGCAACCCUCUGCCAAGAGGGAAGGUUUUGUCACAAUUCCUGAUGUGACAUGGGCAGAUAUCGGAGCCCUGGAGGAUGUUCGGGAGGAGCUGACUAUGGCAAUAUUGGCACCUGUGCGAAACCCACAGCAGUUUAAAGCUCUGGGCCUGACUACUCCAGCUGGUGUCCUGCUUGCAGGGCCUCCUGGGUGUGGCAAAACACUGUUGGCUAAGGCUGUGGCAAAUGAGUCUGGACUGAACUUCAUAUCUGUGAAAGGUCCUGAACUGCUAAAUAUGUAUGUUGGUGAAAGCGAACGUGCUGUACGUCAGGUAUUCCAGCGUGCCAGGAAUUCAGCCCCUUGUGUUAUAUUUUUUGAUGAAGUUGAUGCUUUGUGCCCUCGGAGGUCUGACCGUGAAUCAGGAGCCAGUGUCCGAGUAGUUAACCAGUUACUCACAGAGAUGGAUGGUCUGGAGAAUCGUCAGCAGGUUUUCAUUAUGGCUGCCACAAACCGUCCAGAUAUAAUUGACCCAGCUAUCCUGCGUCCUGGUAGACUGGAUAAAACACUCUAUGUGGGUUUGCCACCACCUGAAGAUCGACUUGCUAUUUUAAAGACCAUCACCAAAGAUGGCACCCGGCCUCCACUACAUACUGAUGUAAGCCUUGAAGAAAUUGCUUACAGUCAACAUUGUGAUUGUUAUACAGGGGCAGACCUUUCUGCACUCGUGCGUGAGGCUUCAAUUUGUGCUUUGAGACAGGAAAUGGCCCUGCAGAAUACUAAAAGCAAGGAAGGAGAAAUCAAGAUUUCCUGUAAACACUUUGAAGAAGCUUUUAGGAAAGUAAAACCUUCAGUAUCAAAAAAGGAUCAAAUAAUGUAUGAAGAACUACGUCAGUCACUGUGCAGGUGAUACAUUUGGACAAUUCCUAAAAGAGACUUACUCUCUGCCAAUGUAGAGUUUUGUGAUAUCCAUUGCCUGAUUUCAAGAGACAAGUUGGAAAAAAGCUGUCCUGAACAUCUCUCUCGUUUUUAAAGUGUACCUAAAAAAGGUCAUCAUAACCUACUGCUCUAAACCAUCCUUAACUACUUCCAUAAUAAAAAGAUACAAUAUAUACUUCCUGCUUAUCACCAUU